GUGAAGCGGUGUUGUAGUGGUUUAUAAUUUGCGUAUCAUUUUUUUGGAUGAAGAUGGACACGUCACAUUUAGUGAACUAUUUGAAUUACGUGUUCACAAAGGCUGUGUUACCCCGGUACAGAAUUGAAAAAGCCGAAGCUUUGCAAUAUUAUAAUAGCUGGUUAGGCCAAACAUCGACCAAUGCAAAAGAUUUUGAUAAAUUUUUGUUACAAAUGUGCUAUCGAAGAUAUGUAUGGAGGUAUAAUAAGAAAUAUAUUAUUUUUACUAGACAAAUAUUGGCUGAUUUUGACUAUGCAAAUCCAGGUAUAUGGAAUGCUGCACACUUGAUUACAAGAUAUGUAUCAAAAAACUAUUGUGGUAUAUGCAAUAAAAAAUUGAACAUUCAAGAUUAUGAGAGGCAUAUUUCCGAUGUCAGCCAUCGCUUGCGGUUAAAGUAUUUAUCGGGUGACAUUCAAGAUUCUCCAAAAUUCUUAAUGACUGAAGCUAAAAGACCAGGUAUACCAUUUGAGUCGUUUAAGUGUACGGUCAACAAGCCUUUUCAAGUUAAGUUGCGGUUAAACAUUCAGAGUAAUUCUCCUUGCAAAGUUCUGGCCAUUUUUUCUUUAAAUCCUUAUAAAAAAGUUGUUAAAUUAAGAGUUGAAAGUAAACUGCCGUUGGUUCUGGGAAACAAGGAUUUCAUUGAUAUGACUCUUUUGGGUAGCUUAAUCGAAAGUGGGAAGGUAACAUAUGGUUUUGUUAUUAAUGUGACGGGAGACAAUGGAACAUGCGAACAUGUUUAUAAGUCAGUGAACAUAAAUUGUGAAAGAUCUAAGUAUGAUCAAUAUGAAAAACCAAAAAAGGAAAAAGUAGAUGAUGAUGGAAAUAUUAUUAUAAGAGGUAUUCCACUACCAGAAACUAACAGCCCGUUUGUAAUUGUAAAUAAACUUGAUUUAUAUAAACUUCCAAAGAACAGUGAAACAAUCUUAAACGCUCUUUUAGAGAAAUCUAAAUUUACAUAUCAAAAAAGUAAACAAAGCCAUCCACAGUAUCCGAUUUCGUUUGUUGAUGAAUCUUAUUUGGAACUGGAAAAUUACGAGAAGUUUUUACAUUUUUUGUUAUACACAGAGGAAAAUCAAAUGAGAAAAGAUAUUCAAAUUUUCAACACUAGAGGUACAUUGGAAAACUUUAAUUAUAAGCCAGAGUUCUACAGACUCCAGGUGCCGGGAUUAGCAGAAGCAAGACCAUCUUUAGUCAGAGGCGAUUCCGUGUAUGUUCGAGAAAGCGAAACCAGUAGAGUAAAGUAUCAGGGAAUAGUUCAUAAGGUAGAACAAGCAUCUGUUAUUCUUGGGUUUGAUCCUAGUAUUCGUCCUGCAGCUAUAAAGGGCCUACAAUUCUUCAUUGAAUUUGGUUUUUCCAGAUUGCCAAUUAAAGUGCAGCAUCGUGCUGUGGAUCUUGUUCAAAAACACAAUGUUAAAAAUUAUUUUUUCCCUCAAAAAAGAACGGAUACAGUAACAAAUAUACAACCAAAUUUCUUCAAUACUCGUUUAAACGAGAAACAAAGAGUCGCGGUGACAAACAUACUAAACAAUUCGAAUAAUUCUGCACCAUACAUCAUAUUUGGACCUCCAGGCACUGGUAAAACUUCUACUUUGGUUGAAGUCAUUAAACAGAUACAUCGUAUUGAGAAAGAUUCUAACAUUUUGGUAUGUGGACCGUCCAACUCUGCGGUGGAUGAGAUAGCUUCCAGAUUAAUGGAUCUACCAAAUUCACAAAUGAUGAGAUUUGUUGCAUUUUCGUACGUAAAAUCAGCGUCUGGAUCUAAAAUAGAUGGAAUAAUCAACUGCAAAGAUGGGGCAUAUUAUACUCCUUCUAUUGAAGAUAUGAUGAAGAAAAGAAUUUUGUUUACUACUGCCAUUAACGCUUCCAAAUUGUACAGUGGUGCAAUAAAAUCUGAUCAUUUUAAGUAUGUUGUGGUAGAUGAGGCUGGAUACUUAAAUGAAAGUGAAACACUAACUACAUUGGCUGGACUGUUAACUAAUGAUGAAAAUAAAGGCCAAGUCAGAGGCAAAUUCAUAUUAGCUGGAGAUCCAAGACAAUUGGGGCCAAGAGUUCACAGUAGUUUUGCAAAUAAAUGUGGUUUUGGCACAUCAAUGCUUGAAAGAUUGACUGGAUUCUGCGAAAUUUAUCACCCAUCUGAUAAUGGUUAUGAUGAAAGGUACAUCACUUUGUUGGAAGAAAACUAUAGAUCUAACAACGCCAUUUUAUCAAUUUCCAAUGAGCUAUUUUAUAAUAGUAAACUAAAAGCCGUGGAAGACAACUUCGCAAAUAUGUUUCUUAAAUGGGAACACUUACCAAAAGCAGGAUUUCCAGCUAUUUUUCACAACAUUCAAGGACAAGAGGCACGAGACAAAGACUCGCCCAGCUUUUAUAAUUCAAAGGAAGUUGACCAACUUCUGAAAUACUUGGACCUGCUUCUAAAUGCCAAGGUGUCAGGAAAGCAAAUUACGCAAGACGAUAUAGGGAUUAUUACUCCUUAUAGGAAACAAGUCGAGAAAAUUAGAAAUAAAACUAAAGAAAAGUGGCCCAAACUAGAAGUAGGCAGUGUUGAUAAUUUCCAAGGAAAGGAAAGGUUAAUAAUCAUUAUUACGACAGUUAGAUCCAGCACUGAAUUUGACGAGUUCGACAGAAAGUUUAAUUUAGGAUUUAUAAGAAAUCCAAAGAGAUUCAAUGUAGCCAUAACCAGAGCCAAAGCACUUUUAAUAGUCAUUGGAAAUGGAAAUAUUCUACAAACAGAUAUUUGUUGGAAAAAGUAUAUUCAAUAUUGUGAACAUAAUAAAUCUGUUGUGGGACCAAAAGUAAUAUAUAGCUAAGAAUAAACAAUAACUGAUUAACAUUCUAUAUUGUAAUAACAAAUAAAUAUUUUCUGUAUAAAAUAAACUAUUUUAAAUAAAUUUGGUAUGGCAAA